GUCACUUGAUGUGUAAUAAACUAUCAGUAACAAAUGUUUAAGUGAAGGAAAAACCCUACAUUUCUGAGUCUGUUCUGCUCAUUGCACUGUCAGAGUAACAGUUUCCAAAAAGCAGCUACGUCGGUGAAGUCUCGCAUACGACGGACAGAUAAGCACCCUAAAAAUACCUCUUUAAGUUUCUAUGUUCAGUCAGGAUUUUUGUGUGUUUGGGGUGAAAUGGGUGCUCUCUCCCAGUGCUGGUUUUAAAGUUAGGCUGUAAUCAACAUGUGCUUAAUUAGAGAGGGCUCAGUGGGAGGCAGAGACUGAGUUUGGUGAGACUUGCCCCACCAAAACCAGAAAUAACCUUUUACUCCUAAAACAUGAGACUAAUGCUGUUUAAGGAAAAACCAGGAAUAGACGCACGCAACCAUGAUUUUGAUCUAAUAUUCCAUGAUUGAAAUGGGGGGGGGGGGAUUCUGAAGAGGCAUCUUAUCUGAUCAACAGUAAAACAAGAGAUUGGUGGUCACUGCUGCACGACAAAAUCCCUUGGAUUUUCAAGAAAAAGUUACUUAGUUGUGUGAAGGAUAAAUAAGGGGGGACUAAUGGGACUGGAAGCUGAGGAUAAAGGGCUGAGCAUCAGUUUGCUGUGAGGAAUCCUUUGAAAAGAAGGAAGUUUGGGGGGGGGCUGCCUCCCAGUUUAGUCCUCUCCCUUUCCUCUUGCACUGCCUCCUCAUUAUUCAUCCAGCAGUCUUCUGCACAUCAUCUGGCUCCCUGAAACGAAGAAGUGGGACAACACAUUCUGACUUGGUGGUAAAGAUGAGCUCCCACUUGCUGUCUCACAUGGCCUGUGUGGCCCUGCUGUGUUUGUGCUGCCGCGUUUGCCACUCCAGCCCUCUUUUCUACAACAUCUCCAUGGACGGCAGCGGCGAUGAACCCGAGCUGGGGCUCCUUUUCCCGACGUCUUUCUCCACCCGAGAGCCUGUUGAUGUAACAGUUGUCACUGAACCUCCCAGCCUCACCAACACCAUCACCACCACCAUUAUCCGCCUCAAAGACUACGUCCUCAGCAGAGUUGUGGACUUCCUGCAGGAGAAUCUUCUCAUCAUCAUUGUUGUGACCUCUCUCCUGAUAGUUAUGGUGUUCAUCAUCUGCUGUGCGUCCGCUAUGAGUCACAAGCGUAAACUGGAAGCUUACAAACCUCUCCCCAACCCACCCAUGAAGUACGCCGCUGACAAAACUGGAAAGAGCAAGUGUUCCAGCGACCUCCAGGAGAGGCCAUAUGGUGUGGACCAUGUCAAGAGGGUCCAGACUCAGUGCAUGGCCUCCCCAAAGCAUCUGCGGACGCCCUCUAAAGCCCUGGUGGGAGAAAAAGGGAGAGACGUGAAGUCAUCUCCCCGGCAGGAGGUCCGGAAGGUCCGAGAUGCAGAUGAGGUAGAAAAGCGGCGAGAGGAACCCAAGCAAAAAGAAGUGGUGAAGAUCAGGGAGGAGGCGCCGAAGAGCGUCAGUCCCUCUUCUGGCUCCAGCCAGCCGGUCUGCACCUGCCAUCUGAGAAAAGCCCACCACUAGUGGAGGAACAUCAUGAAAAGGGUUUUUUUCUGCUUUACAUGCCAAAUGUCUUUACUGAUUUUAGACAAUUCUACGACAAAAGUAAGAAAAAAAAGUAACAAAUGAUGGAAAUGGUAUAAAGAGAUUAAACACGGAGGGGAUGAUUGCGUGCAGCGUGUGAAUACAGCAUAUGUUAGUUUGCAGGUUUACAAUAAAGAUAAAAGGUUCUUACAACUAACAUUAUUUCAGUAACAACCAUGCACAAGUGAAGCGUGCUCAAAGGCACACAGAGUUCCUGUAAUCUCCCACACAGUUUGUCAGUGUUUCCAGCUACCCCUGUUCUUCACCACCAAACACAACACCGCUGUGCCACCACGAUGACAGACAUCCCCAUGAAAAACGAAGCAAUCAGACCCUUUACAGUGGUUUGUGUUUACACCUCUAUGUAAAGGGUCUUAUUGCUUAGUUUUUAAGGUGAGUCACCAACACAAAUUGAGUUACACAGAAGUGUUUUGUUCUAUAAAGUCGACCAUGAUCUCCUCAGUGUCUCCUGCUGUAUGUUUGUCGCUCAGAGCCUUUUUGUUGAAACGGCCGUUCAGAGAAACGGCUUUGGUGAACUUGACUUGAUAAUUAGAAAACUCUAUUUUCAUCUUAUCUUUCAUAAUUACUUUUCUUAUUUUUUUUGAUUUUCUGUCUUGUUUGCCCGUUAGUGACUCAAUGCAGGUUUGUUAAAAAAAAAAAAAAAGGUUUAACCCUUACCAGAUCUUGAGAAUAAUGCAGCAUCAUGUUAUUGAACUCUCCUUUGUUUUUAUUGGAAAAAGUGGGAAACCUAAAGAUUUAGGACUAGUGUAACUGUGAUGCAUUGGUCUGCAGCAGCAGUAACAUUUGCUUUUUAGUGUAAUGACGUCUUCUUGCAUCACUGUGCUUUGACUUGAACGCUGCAACACGUUAUUUACAACCACAGAUUUGCUGCUGCACCUGAAAUAUUCAUUUGGUUGUAAACUGGUUCUAUGGUCCUGCAUAAGAUGAAGCAGCGUGGAACUUAGAUGCUGAAUAAAAAAAACCUUCUAAUCACACCUCCACCUCUGUGCUUUAGAGUUUGGUGGUGUAUAUUAAGAUGUUGCCAAAAACAACGCCUCAUCAUAUUUUGUGUGGUCACACAGAAGUCUUUUAAACAAGCAAUGCUUCUUAAAUAUGUUUAAAAUUGCAGUUAUGAUGGGUUACCAUGCCAACAGAGCUUGUAGGUCAAGGGGUGUAUUUAGUAUUUCACACAUGUCAGUAUUAUGACUGUGUUGUUAUGUGUUGAUUUUUGUAAAAUGUUUAUCUAAUUGCAAAGCCUGAGAGGAUUGACAUGUUAUAUUAUAGCCAUUUUAUCUAAAACCUCAAAGUUAUCCACAAGCAUGUACUUUACUUUAACAUGAAAAUGUUUUCAGACCGAACUUACAAAUAAAAAAAAAAAAAAACACAAAACUUUUUUUUUUGUAAAAUAGGACAUUUCAAAGAACACUUUGUUCUUUCUUUCACCUUUUUAAAUGACCCAAAAUCUGAUAUAUAUGUAAACAUGUUUUGGUUUUAGUUAAGCAGCACAAGUUUAAAUAUAUUUAUUUUUAUCCGAUCCGGUAAAAUCAAUCAAAAUGUAGGUAAAGGGGCAGCCGGUUGUCUGGUUUUGGCCGUUUACGUUAAAAUAAAUUAAAAGUUUAUUAAAUUUGUUUUUUGACUGAUCACUUGGUUUGUUAUGUUAAAUUUCUUCUUUUGCUUCCUACUUGCAAGUUUAAUUGAUCGCUAAGUUAAAAGUGUUGUUUUUCUGUAUUUAAUAAAAGUAUUGGUGGUGA